UACUGUAUGAGUAGGUGGUCGAUGCGGCGGGGUGGCUCACGCUGCUCCGUCAGUCGUUUCCUUGGGAGUUUGGCCCGGGCCGGUGUAUAAGUUGUCGCAAGCGUUGCGCCCCGUGUCUUGCGAGGACGGUACGGCGUCGGCAGUGUGUGACAGUGUGAUUGAAAACUGUUCGUGUCAACUACAGGCUGGGCUGCUAACCCUAACAAAAAGAAACAAACGGCAGCGACGGCUCUCGGAUGAUUGCGUGUGGCGCGCCACGGUCGACUACUUAGGGGAUAUUGAAUCCCAGGCACCGCUCGUCCCCUGGCGUCCUCUCUCCAUGGCGUCGCACGGGAUGCCCUCCAUGUUGCACAGGCCGUGAGGAACAAGUUCCGGGCAUCGGCAUUGCGCCGGCGAAUCGGGGGCCAAGAUGCGGCCGCAUUAGCCGACGGGACGCUUCACGGACUCGCCGUCUGCGUCGGAGUGCGAAGGGUGUGAGCCGAGGUCGAUCAAGAUGAGCGGCUUCCCUGGCAGUCGCCGUCUGCGAGGCCCGAGCCGUUGUCUUCCGCCGCCACAUUGUCUGAUUUGAGGUCGCUCGCUGUCGUUUUCGGUGCAUCGUUUGUCUGCCACCAUGGCAGACCACAGCGAGCUGGUGACCGAGAUGAGCGUGGUGGAGAAGAUGAGCACCCAGGAGCGCCUCAAGCACGCCAAGAAGCGGCGCCAGCAGCAGCUCAAGAAGUGGAGCCAGCACGAGCGCGAGCUGCAGAAGGCCAAGAAGGGCAAGGCCUCGUCGCCGGCUGUGGCGCCGCCGCCCACCGAGUACAAGGUGCACUUCGUCCCCAGCGUCAUGCUCCUCGAGGCCGCAGCACGGAACGACGUUGAUGAAGUCCGACGACUGCUGAUGCUGGGAGUGAGUCCCGACUCGACCAACGAAGAUGGGCUCACAGCGUUGCAUCAGUGCUGCAUUGACGACAGUGAGGAAAUGAUGAAGCUGCUUAUCGACUUUGAUGCUAAUGUGAACGCAAAGGACAGCGAGCAGUGGACGCCCCUACAUGCAGCUGCCACCUGUGGUCAUAUUCAUCUCGUGCGCUACCUCAUCUCUAGGGGUGCUGACCUCUUAGCUGUCAAUGCUGACGGCAACAUGCCAUACGAUAUAUGCGAAGAUGAACCAACGCUAGACUACAUUGAAUCGGAGAUGGCAAAAAGGGGCAUUACCCAGGAAAUGAUUGAUGAAACCAGGGCAGCCAAUGAAGUAAUGAUGCUCAGUGACUUAAAGGGCCUAAGUGAUGCUGGCGGUGAUCUGGAAUUCAGGGAUGAACAAGGUGCCACACCUCUGCACAUUGCAGCAGCUAAUGGGUACGUGUCUGUGGUAGAGUUUCUUCUGGACCAGCAUGUGUCAACCGAUGUGUGCGAUAAUGACCAGUGGCAGCCUAUCCAUGCAGCUGCUUGCUGGGGUCACCCGGACGUGUUGGAAAUGCUGGUACAGGCUGGCGCUGAUCUGAAUGCACGCACGAAGAAUGGCGAAACACCAUAUGACAUCUGCGAAGAUCCAGACCUGAAGGAACGAAUUGUGCAGCUACGUAGCGAAAUGGAAACGAAAAGAGCUAUGCAGCCGAACAAACUACGGCGUUCACAAAGCCAGAAUACUCGCAGCCAAUCGGUGCGUCGAACAAGCAUCCGUGAGAAAGGCAUGAUAUCCCGCCGUGAGGCCAGAGAGGAAGCCCGCAUCCGCCAAGAACAGCAGGCACCGUUGGGCAAGGACGAGGAUGAAGAAGCAGUUAGGAGGAAGUCUGAAGGUGAUGUUCUGAACGGCGACUCUGGCUCGCUGACAAGCCCUGGCAGCGACAAUGAGCGCCCACCCAGUGCAGUCUCAUCUGUGCCACUGUCAUUGGCUCCUCCAACAGUUGCUGUAGAAGUGGCAAGUGCAGCAAGUUCUUCAAGUCGUUGUGGCUUGGAAGGAGUGGCUGACCCAGGGUCAUUGGGGUCACUAGCCCCGAUGCCCCCGCCGUCAUACUCUGAGGUCUCGCCAAUGCCGGCAAGGCACCAGGGGGGCGCUGCGGAGGCAGUCAAGGUGGAAAUCCACGUGACCGUGAACACUCAGCAAGCAUCUGUUGGCUUCUCCCCUCAGAAUGGAACGCUCUCGGACCUGAAGAAACACAGGGCUGACCUUCGAAACAGUCGGGGGUCCCUUACACUUUCUGCUUCACAGCAACAGGAAAUAGUCGGCAAAAUGGCAGCAUCUGCUACAGCACUCGGACAAAAUGGACACCAGCACCAUUUCAGUGCCACUGUUCGCAAACCGAGCUACGAAGCUCCCCCUUCGCCAUCAACAUCUCUUCGACGUUUUCGUAGUGAUCCUUCAGAGAUUGUGGGUGAACCACAUCGUAAAGACUGUUGCGCCAUCAUGUGAUGAUGCCAAAAGGACACAAGGAAAAAAAAGGAAAAAAAAAAGCUAUUUACUUUUGUGUUUUGAAACAAUGCAUUUGCAAAAGUAUUUGCAUUCCUCAACAUUUUCGACGUUGCGGUGACGCGAAACACGGUGCUUGUGCUCGCGACCGCAGUGAGCUUCUUGGUGGGUAAUGGUUCCGGUUAGAUAGAGAAGAUAGUGAUAGCUCACCCCAGGUGCGCAUGUGCCAAUAUAUGAUACACGACGUGUUGUGCAUAAAAUGCUUCUACUUUUUUUUAGAGCUUAUAUUUCAGGCAGCAUAAUACUGGGAAAGCCAUUGUCAAAAGAAACAUUUUUUUUUGGCACUUUGUGAUGGGCUUUCUACAAAGAAAAUGUAAAGGACAUUCAGUGAAUUGAGUCGUGAAUGCAGAAAAUCGUGCCAAUGAACAGUUUUUGUUUCAGUUCAUUGUGUGCUCCUUGUACCAGCACGAAUUUACAACGAGUGGAUUUGUACCGGAGAUGCUCAAAGGGACAGACGCACAUUAUAUUUAAGUCAAAGUGAGUGAUUAAGAUAGUUUUGCUAGCAUUAAUUUUAUUUUUAGACAUUAUGUCUGCAUUUCAAAGAUUACGGUGUAGUAGUUCAUAACACUGCACGGUUAAUAUUUAGAUGCAUAGUGUGCAUAUAAACUUUCUGCAUAUAGGAACUACCAACUCCAAAGUUUUAGCAAGACAUGCUCAGUGAAAAAAAAGUCAAUUUCACCUUAGCUUGGUCAUGCAUUUGUGCACCACCAUGCUUACUUUACAUACAGGGAAAUAUUCGUUAAUACUUGCCUAAACAGAACUGCCGCUGAUUCGGGCUGCAUGUCCAGACUUUGUGGGCUUUCCACACAGGUUCCAUACGCUGUAGGUAACAAUAUCUUCAACUAGUGAACCGUUACAUAAAAGUAAUACUGGUGCUGCCAUCUUACUGUGUUUUUACAGUUGUUUUAUAGGCAGGAAAUCAGUUAAUCACUUUCAUGUGGCUAAACUUAAGAUAAAGUCAGGCAGGUUGUUGCAGCUCUACAAGUGAGUGAAAAAAGGAAUUUGUUUUGUACAGCAAUCAAAAUGCACUUAGAACAUGUUCUACCAUUAACUUUUUCCCCAUCAAAGUAGGCAGUGGGGCCACUUUGGUCCUAUUGCGUGUAGAUAAAUGCACAAUUAACACAAAGUGCGAGUUAGUUUUCACAGUGAGUUACAGCAUUCUUUUGACACAGCCACCACUAUUUCAUUUUUCUUAAUUUGCUUUAGUAAUGUAUAUGCACCUAUAACAUCAUGCAUGAAGAACAGUACUAAGGUUACCUCGGUGGCCUCGGUGGCCAUCUCAGUCUGGCUUUGCAGCAGAAUCUAGUUCAUACAUUCAGAUUUCUUAUAUUUUACCAACUCUUACACUUUGGGGCACUGGUACCAUUUAGUUCCCUUAGGGACAUGUGUAUUAGCUUGCCACUUGUUUCCUAAAACUGUGACUGUGCACUACUGGCAUCGUCCAUCCAGGGUGCUCAUGUCAGCUGCUCUUCUUGUUCUCUUCAAUAGCGUGUGCAAUUUACUUGAAUGUACACUACCAUGUGGAAACUGGAAAACAGCUAUGCAUGUGCUCAAAGAGAGGCUGUUACUGUGGAUAUUCAACACGUUCUGAGUGAAAAUAACAAACUUCAUUUUACAGUACUUUGUGAUUCACUGUUACAACUGCUAUAAAUUGUUCAAUUUAACUCCGAAGCAACUACAACAAACUAUGUUUAGCAGCUUUACAAUAUUUUGCUUUCUAUCUGGCUUUUUGUGCAUUUCUGUGCAAGAGUAGCUCUGCUUCAUUUAUAGAGUUGCCAAUAACAUUACUGAAUGCUGCAUUUUCCUUAAAUCAUGCAUGUCUUAACCAUGGUUCCCUUAGUAGCAUAUCAUUUAGGUUAUACUUAUUAGUGCAAAUGGGGCAUCUGGAUUUAUAUUCAUGUGUUUAUUAAAAUUAAGUGGCUGUGCUUUUCCUAGGCCGCAUGUUUGUCACAUAAUUUCUCACUUUACAUUAAUAUUUCUUUCAAGCCAAAUUCUCUACAGGCCAUUUAACUUGGUGUACUAGAUGCAACCUUUUGAAAGUGACACACUUUUAAUGCAGCAGGCAACAGCAAAUUAGCAAACACACUUAACAUUAAACAAUAUUGCAGCUGCUCUUGUAUUGAAAUGAAAAAUUUUUGUGGCAAGUUCGUUUGAGUGAAUAAGGAAAACAAGCAUGAGAGUAACGUCGAUGAAACAAUAGAAAGAACUGGUCCUGUUCCUUGUCGUGUAGUGUUUCAUUUAGAGCGCGUUUUUUCUGCUCUAGUGCAUUUCUUGUUCAACUUGUUUGGAACUCUUUUUGCAUUGUUUGUAUGGAAAGAAAAAAAAACUGGAGAAAUUCAAAUGUUUCCUCUUUGAACUUCAAACUCAAAUUGUCAUAUUAAUGUAGUGGUGAAAAAUUCAAAUGUUUGUUUUCUGAAUUUCAUACUCAAAUUUUAAUACCAGUGUGCUGGUAUUCAUUAAUGUUAUACAAAAAAUUGAACCUUCAAAAUUUCCUUCUUUCAUUCAAUACCAGUAUGAUGUAAUUAGAAUUUUCAUGGGUGUUUGCCUUUUGUUUUUUCAUGCACUUGCACAGGAAUAGUUACAAUAAUCUGCUUGAGCCUCUGAUCACAUAUGAAUGAACUUUAAUCCUCAAUGAAGAGUAAUAGUGAUUAACUAUCAUCAAGCUGCCACUGUCAAUGUAACAUCAUGGCAAGAUGAUACAGGGUCUUCAAGCUAGCAUUGCUACCCACAUAUAUGUACUUUUCUUUUUCACUCAUUUUUUUACUUGUCAUGCUACUGUUACGGCACUAACACUACCCCGUAGCACUACCUUCAAAUUACUGUCUGACGUACUUGUAAUGACAAACAUGCAUUUCAGGAACCUGCUUCAACAUUAAUUGCCUCUAGUACUUCUUUCAAACUCUUGUGUUGUUUAUAGACUGAGUGUCAUUACAUGUAUGGUGCCACAGUGUACUGUACUUUAUGCCCAAUAAGCACAACCUUGAAGGCUCUACAUUGUGCAGCCUUUACAUAGCCUCUGUUCCCCCUAGUCUUGCUUCAGACGACCUUAUAUGAGGGCAUUUCUUGCAUAGAAAAAUACAUUAAAAGGGUACCCAUGCAAAAUUGUAAAUUAGAUAACUGCAAAUUAGAUAACUUCCUAGAUGGGUUUGUGUGGACAUGCACACAUUUACAAAAUAUCAACAGGUACUGUAACCAAGAACUUGAAAUCAACUUCAAAGAGCAUGUCAUGCAUCUAAGCGUGAACUGGAGCACCUCAUACACAUUAACUUGGGUUUAUUGUAAACAACCACCAAUCUACUACAUCAAGCAAUUGUGUUGGCUGCCCUGCUCCUCGAGUUUGCUCUCUGCCCUGUGCACGUAAGGGACUGUUUUAUGUGCUCGCAUGUCUAGCUCUGUUUACAAAAAGGGAGAGACAGCCUGGUCUUACUGAAACCACAGCUCUAUUUAGGCACCAUAAAACUUCUUCAAAUAUUUAACCAUUUCAUGAAAAAGCAAGCAAGGCUUUCAGCCGUAAUAAGUGGCUCAUUGCGUGCUUAUUGUGACAGAGAAAACAUGGUAAAUUUCUUUGUGAGUACUCUUUUAAACAUGUUAAAGCUAAAGAUGUUCUCAACUGAGUGCUUUGCACCAUAUAACACACAAAGUUUUAUCUUUAGUUGCAAGUUUGUGUUACCUUUACAGUAAAAGAACGGGUCAUUUUAUUUCAAAAAGCACUUAAUGCAUUUUUUAAAGCUAAGUGCUUCGCUUAAACGCACAUAGAAUGUACAGGCCGAUUUGCAAUUAAAAAAAUACAUAUGUACACAUUGCUGCUGCAUAUUUUUCAUGGAUGUGUUUAGUCGUUGCAGUUGUUCAACUAGUUUUUUCAUCUAUUGUAUACAGUCAACAAUACUAACUAGCGAGAUAGGGAGUUGUGCACUGUAGAUCAUUUUUGUUGCAACUCUGAGUAUACUUCCAUGGAGAACUGUGUGGGUGACGUUAUUUGUUAGCUCCACUGAGCUUCAGUUCUUUGACAAUGUUGGAGCUUCUAAGCAUCUUGUCCUUAGUGGGACCAUUGUAAGAGUUGCAGUAUGUUAUGAACACUGCGCCUUGUUGAACUCUCUCUUGGCAGCUGUAUAGAGUUGGAUGGGUUUACUGCUGAGAUCCUUUACCACAAAAUGUGGUCUUCUGCAAUUUAGGAUGGUUGUUUCCCCGGUAUGCGCUGGCCUAAAUAACCUCCAUUUUCUCCGGUCCUCGGGGCAUUCGCUUUAUGCCAGCAUUUUUGUAUUCCGUGUAAAGUGUAUAAAUAUAGCCAAACAGCAGGUGACUGCAUGCUCUGUAGUGUUAUAGAUCUAAGCCUUGUUUUGUUGUGCUUAUGCUGCAUUUUGAGGUUUAUUGUGGCAGUGGUAAGCAUUACGUUAGAAAAUAAACUUCAUCAUUCCACCUGAAAGACAUGCCCAGGGUUUUGAAAGGCUGCCAAAUUAGAAACCGUCCUUUUUAUUUCUAGCACAUUGUUUAUGGGUUGAUUACUUUUUUACUUUUGUUGCAAGAAAAAAAAAUUUUUUUCCCAUUCUGCUUGUAGAAAAGAAACACCGAAGCAAUGGCACAAUCUUAUUUGACAAAAAUGUGCCUCGCAUGUUCAAUUUCUAUUCUGGCAUACAUGCCUCUAGCGACUGACUAUGAGUCUGAGCAUUAUUUGCAGCAUUCCAGUUCUGAUGUGUUUGACAUAUGACCAGGCUUAGCCAAAGCUUCUUGAAAUGCCAUCCUGGUUGGUGCCAGCAUGCUUUAACCGCAAUGGUUAUAGGGGCCAGAAAUAGUUGUUCAUUUGCAGGUAUAGCAAUGGCAAUUUUUAGCACCCUAGGUAUGCUUUUGUGCUGGUUGCAGAAGGCAGAGAUUAUGCCGCAAUUUGUGACUGCUACAUACUUGUCAAGAUGGUGUCAUUGCUCAUGACUAUAGAGCACCAAGUGGUGGCCUUUAAAGUGCAAUGAAACACUGCCUUGCUACAAGCACCCAUCGUCAGCUGCUACUAAUCAGCUUAUUGUCUAGACUGUAUGGGGUGACAGGCUUGUCUAAUCUGCACAACACAUUGACAUAUUUUUACCUAAAAUAUGUGGUACUGUGCAUGAGCCUACAAUGCACAUUGCUACACGCAUUAACAAAAGAGAUUGGGGGAGGAUUCAUCAGAUUGUGUCGUCAGCAGACUGGAAGUCGACGAACUGCUGUAGCUGCGAAGCACAAAUGUUGCUGAUGUAGUAACAGUCAACGAAAACCACUGUAAAACUGCCAUUUUGCUAUCUGCCAGUAUUGUGGCUACAAUAGCCUCAAGUCUAAUAAUUUUAAGCAGUUCCUGUGAAGCAUUGUCCGAUGUUAGUUUCAGAUUUUGUAUUGCAAUGCCAUGAAACAGCACGGAAAGUUUUAGGCUAAUUGAGGCCAUUUAAAGUGGACUGGCAGCUCAGACAGUUAUUGGUAACUGCAGCAACUAUGUUAUGUUUUUCUUACCAUUUAUUUAUUUUUUUGAUGAAUUUUUGACCAGCUCUCCUGCUGAUAUAUUUUUUUCCAUUUUGGCAUGCACUCUGCUGUGCAGCUGUAGCAGAGUAUUUCUGUAACUCUUGCAUUUCUCCAUCCUUAGAAGGCCAUGAAUAAAACCUGGGAAUACUGUU